AUGUCGACGGGGGCACCGCUCCAGAUUGCGGAUCUCGCUCCUCCCUCAAAUAGACACGGUCACGGUCACGGUCACGGUCACAGUCGCAGUCGCGGUCAUAGUCGAAACGCUCGCUGGGCUCAACCGCCUCCUCCACUCCCGCUGGGGAGCUUCAGUGAGAACCCAUCGCAACUUGCGGAGUCUCCAGACACGGUGAAUGCGAGCUAUUCGUAUACUCAUACGAGCCAGCCAUCGUGGCCCAGUCAUCAUCACUCCGCCUCAACCUCGCACUCGAUCUCGCAUCAUACCCACAACCACUCCCAUAGCGUGGCAUCCGUUCAUGAUGCAGCGCAUGUUCAUGAUACCAAGGCAGAGUCUGGCGUCUACACAGAGCACAGCUCAGAGCAAAUACAUGAAAUAUUCACUGGUUCCCUUGUCGCAUUGCCCUGGAUCGCGCUCUCCUGGUAUCCAAGGAAAUGCGGGCAGACAGGCCAAUCCGGCGAGGAAAUACUGAAUGCAAAUGCCUGCACCUCCGGCGUGGGAAAUAGUCACGUUGGGCAGAAAACUCUUCUUCUGACGGGGAUGACUCUCCUUAUUUUUGGUUGUGGCCGACUUGCGCGAGUGAACCAACAAAAGGGAGGCUCAAUUACCACUUCACCCGUUAAAUUCCCAACUCCAGAUGGAAAGACUGUCCAGGCCGCCCUUCUACAAAUAUUGUCCAUUGCAUUCCCCAUUUUCGCCGCGCUGAAGAUCGGAGGCUUCAUGGUCGCAUUUGCGCUCCUUCUUGCUAGGGCAUCUGGUUUGCCAAACUUGGUGCAUGCGAAUCCGCGUAGUGCAAGUUCCGAGCGUUAUACUCAGAAGCGCUUUACGAUUGCUCUUCUCGGAGCAGCCACGCUGUUGAGCUUAUUGGGCAUGAAGCAAUCCUUGGAUUCAUCGCCGCUCAUGGGCUAUCUCGCGCUCACGCUCUCCGUCUUCGUUAUAUCUCCGCCUUUCCCUACUAUUCGUCAUCAGGGACCUAUUCCAGAGCCGGGUUUGGUUGCGGAAAAGGCAUCGGAUGCGAGCCACUCAUCGGUCAUCGUGACAACCGAUGCACCAUUGGCCCUUGUCUCGGGGUCUUUUCUGACCGUGUCUGGUCUGAUCAUUUCUCGGGGGUCGCCCUUCAGUAUAUCGGAUUUGGUCUACCUUUCAGCUCCCGCCGGGCUGUUCGCCAUGUCUUUGAUGGUCUCAUUUCCGACGAGCCUCCGCUCCUCGAAUAAAGUUGGUCUCGCUGUCACCAGUGGAGCUGCGGCGCUCUUGUGCUCCCCACACAUCCGGGAUGACUUUCUAGUUGUCUAUGCCGCGCGCGGCGUUUUGGCUGCUGGCUCUUUCUUCGCAUCCAGAAUAGACGACAGCCACCUACGUUCGGAUGCUCACUCGCACAACCACUCGCACCACCACCAUAAUCACAGCCAUUCCCACGGCAUGGCUAAGUCCUCCCGAGUCACAAAGUGGCUCGUCCACCGUAGCGAAGCCUACCCUUUGCUACACAGCAUUCUGCAGGAAAAGGAUUCUCGCAGCAUUUUCUACUUUAUGUGCCUAAACUUCACCUUCAUGCUUGUUCAGUUGUCUUACGGAUUCUUGACCGGCUCCCUCGGACUGCUUAGUGACAGUAUUCAUAUGUUCUUUGACUGCCUUGCACUGGUUGUCGGACUGUGUGCCGCUGUCAUGAGCAAAUGGCCACCCAAUUCUCGGUUUCCAUACGGUUAUGGCAAGGUAGACACCUUGUCUGGUUUCGCCAAUGGAAUUUUCCUCAUGAUCAUCAGCGUGGAAAUCAUUUACGAGGCAGUUGAGCGGUUAUCAUCGGGGAGCGAAAUGCAUCGCAUCGGUGAGCUGCUGGCUGUCAGCAUUGCUGGCCUCUUGGUGAAUCUGGUCGGCAUUUUUAGCUUCGAGCACGGCCACCACCACGGGCACGAUCACGGUCAUGGCCAUGACCACUCGCAUGGCAAUGAGAACAUGCAUGGCAUUUUCCUGCAUAUCUUGGCCGACACACUCGGCUCGGUGGCGGUUGUCAUUUCGACUAUCCUCGUGCACUACUCAGGAUGGUCCGGGUACGAUCCUCUGGCAUCAUGCUUUAUCGCCAUCUUGAUUUUCGCUUCGGCCGUCCCGCUUGUCAGUAGCACGGCCAAGACCCUGCUGCUGACCCUGCCAGCUGAUACCGAAUAUAAUGUUCGUGAAACCCUAGCCGGGGUGAGCACUUUACGAGGGGUAGUAAGCUACACGGUGCCGAAAUUUUGGAUUGACGACACCGGUGCAGGCUCGUCUGAACAUGCGCACGCUCAUGACCACUCUGGUCAUUCUGGCUGCGAUCAUGAUCACGGCCACAGCCACCAUGACCACGGUCACGUCCACGACCAUGAUCAUACUCACGAUCACGAUCACGACCAUUCACAUGCACAUGCACAUGCACAUGAACAUGAACAUGAACAUGAACAGAAGAGCCAAAGGGUUUUCGGAGUGAUCCACGUCAUUGCCUCUCGUGGAUCAGAUCUGGAAGAUGUUCGCCAGCGGACUGUCAGCUAUCUUCAAGAAAAGAGCGUGGACAUUGUGGUUCAAGUGGAGCGUGAUGGAGAUGGACGCUGUUGGUGCGGCGGUGGAAGCAAGAGCCCUUGA